AUAUCCUUUCGCUGAUAUAGAUAAAGAUAUGACUGAUGGCUAUCUAGAUAAUCUUGGUACUUGAUUAGAGCUACUUACGUGGUCAGGUAGGUGUUAACCAAUAAAAGGCCAAAACUACAGUAAGGGUCGGUAAAACGUAUCUUGUGGAGGAAAAUCAAUUGAUGCUGUCAGCAAUAAUGGUUCUUAUUUUACAACAUAGAUAAUUAAUUCAUCAUAAACUAUUUCAUGACAAUGUUUUUUGAUGCUGUGGAUGGAUGCUGUGUCAUUUUAGGUUUUCCAUCUAUACAAGUUUUUUAGAUCCAAAUAAAAAAAAAGACAAAUUAAACGUACAGGCGUAUUUGCGAAAACUGCACCAAAUCAAGUUUCCAAAUUAUGAACGUUAUUUUAAUUUGACAUGAAAACUUUUCAGAUGACUGUACCGGCAACAGUUGAACAAGUAAAAAAUAUAAUUUGGCAUAAAUUUGAGUCCUACUACCACAUCUUGAAUGAAGAGUGUUGCAAUUGUGGAAACGGGACAGUGCGUUACACAUAGUAGAGUGGUGUCUCUCUUCCCCAACUUCCUCAGUUUUACUUUACCCAAGAAGUAUACACAGAAUAAGAAGAUGGCCGGUGUUGAAACAGUAUUCAAGUCGCGCGGCGCGUGCGCAUCCUCUAGUCAUACCUUAAACAUGUGUUUUGUUGUUGUUGUAUUGUUAGGUAUUCCAAGUGUUAUGUCCCAGUCACUGUCCUUCACCGAAAAUGAUAUCAAAGUUCUCCAAGAAGAGGUUUAUCAAAUAAAGCUGUUACAAACUGGCGCUUACAACACGAGCCUGAAGGUAGCAGCGACGAUCCAGCACCCGGACAUCGUCCAGCUAGAUCCGCAGACCCUGGACAUUCCUGCCGGCGGCGGGGACACGUCUUACGAUAUCUCCGCGCACGGGAUCUCCCCUGGACACUCCGAAAUAUACUUCACCGUCACCCCUGAUGGCUAUGUUCAAAAAGACGCGUUAUUCCUUCGUAUAACGGUGAUGAUCUCGAAAGCGCUCAACUACGUCUCCUACAUAGUGGGAUGGGUUUACUUCGCAGCCUGGUCCGUCUCCUUCUACCCUCAGAUCUACACCAACUACAGUAGAAAGAGCGUCGUCGGACUCAACUUUGACUUCUUGGCUCUCAAUAUCAUGGGAUUCACGAUGUACUCCUUGUUCAACUGCGGGCUCUACUUCUCGAAAGCUAUUCAGAUCAAUUACUUCAAUCGUUUUCCCCGCGGCUUGAACCCGGUUCAACUGAACGACGUGUUUUUCUCCACGCACGCCGCCUUCGCGACCAUCAUCACCAUCACUCAGUGCUGCAUUUAUGAGCGUGAAGGACAACGUGUUUCGACAGUAGCGCGCUCCAUCCUGGCCACCAUGUUCCUCGUCGUCAUCAUCACAGGCAUACUGAGUGUCGCACACGUUAUCGAGUGGCUCGACUUCCUCUACUACUGCAGCUACAUCAAACUGUUCAUCACCUUCAUCAAAUAUCUACCUCAGGCCAUCAUGAACUACAGGCGGAAGUCCACAGUUGGCUGGAGCAUCGGCAACAUCAUCCUGGACUUCACCGGCGGCUUCCUGUCCAUCUUCCAGAUGGUCGUCAACGCCUACAACUACAACGACUGGGUGUCCUUCUUCGGGGACUUCACCAAGUUCGGCCUAGGCCUGUUCAGUCUGGCCUUCGAUAUCUUCUUCAUGCUACAACACUAUGUCUUCUACCGGGACGCUCGCUACAUCCGUCUGCCUGGAGCCUCAUCAGCGGAGGAUCAAACUCCUAAUGAAGAAACUGGACAGCCUUCGGAGGAGCCUUAUCAAGGGGCACCGGCAUAGCCACUUCAAAACGAUACAAGGACAUACUGACAUCUCUUUCAGUCUCAAUAUAUUUGAGGUGAGCGAUAGAACUACACAGAUACGACUCCGUACAGUUGAGAAAGCAAAAAUGGAGAAUGAUUGAUGGGAAUGUCUUAUGAUGACAUCUGAUAGAUUGAGGCAUUACGGAUCCUCACAGCUGAUCGGUGUUGGAACAGCGGAACGAUUACCAGUGCUACAAUGGUGACUCAAGAUCCAAUGAAAGUAGGAACAAAAAAUGACCUUGAAAGAAUGGCUCUGGCCGUCCUAGUGAAUCAGGAAUUGUAAAAUUAUGAAGUUAAGGAAACGAAAGUACAGAAAAGUUACAUUAUUUUAAAGAACAGCAUUUAUUCAUAGAUUACCACGAAAAAAGCUUAUCAGUAUUCCCGGAAAAGCAUUUUAUACAAGGAUUCCCUUUAUUAUAAUCAAGAAGCGAUGCUUAACGAAGAAUAGUGGCUUUAUAGCAUUUAUCUGUGAGUGAUAUAGCUGUUAUAAAAGACUAAGAGUGUGAUAAACAAUUGCAACAUACACGAGCGAAUUGUGAAGUGAUAAGACAAUAAAAAUGUAUAUAAAUGUAAUAAAACGUGCAAAUAACGUGAAGGACAAUAAUUUAAUUGUUUAUUUGUUUUUUUAUAUUUAAGUUGAUAGUGUAAGCUGGUGUCUUGGGUUUAUUUAGUAGGGCAAAAAUAUUUGUAUAUUCCUUUGUUUAGUUCAUUACUUAAAAAGUCCUAAAAAGUCUUUUUGAUUUGAAACUCAGUUUAAAUAUAAAACUAAUGUAAAACAACAAUAAAAAUAAUAAUAAUAGGCUUCUAAUUGCAAGCGAGACGUCCGAUAGCAAAUAUUAUUGACCAAGUCCACAGUUUGUAAUAGCCCUAGCAUAAUAAUUAGACAAUUUGUAAGGAACAGAGUUAUACCAUUUUAUUACAACCGUGGAAGCGUGACAGCGCUCUACACAUUAUAAAGCGACAUUUCUUUCACAUUGCAGUAAUGUACUUUUAAGAAUUGAUGGAAAGACUUGUGGAAGUGAGUUUCGGAAGAUACGUUAAAUUGUGGCUCCCGUCUGUUAUUCCUACAUCUUUGUGGAUACCGUGUCAGGUAGUCAGAAGCUAGGUAACC